CUUAAAGUCAUUUCCUUGCUGAUAUAAAAUUAACUUAAAAUCACAUUCGAAAUAAACCUAACAAAUUAUUAGUAAAUGUUUCGUUUGCUGGCCGGAACGGAGCCAGAACCAUCUUCCGGCAAUCUUCAAAGGCCCCUAAGCUUACGGGAUGAGCUCCGCUUCAGUAGACUGGGCUUAAGUCAUCACACUCCCACGGACUUCCUGCGAUCGCAAUGGCAGGCUGGACCGAAAUCGGCUAUUUUCUUGGCCUAUCGAUGGGCCUUAGGCGGAUUCUUUGGAACGGGCGUGGUCGGUUGUAUUUCCCAGUACUACAAUAACGGAAACUUUUUUAUUUUUCUGACCAACUGGGGAUUUGUGUUGUGCGGCAUAACCGGUAUUGCCGGAGCAAUACUUGUGACUAUCUAUCACUGCAAGCCGGAAACCUGGGUUCCCCCGAGUGGCUGGAUAAAGAUUUAUUGGGCUUGCUAUUCGAUCAACAUCACAUUGGCGUGCUUGAUCGCACUAAUCUACUGGACAACCAUAUAUCCCAAAGAUCGGGUGUUAACUAAUCCGACACGGGUUUCCGAUUUGUAUAACAUAUGGACUCACUUGCUGCCACCCAUAUUCUUCACCAUCGAUAACUUUCUGGUGGCGCAACCAGCCCGUCUACUUCACUUUGUCUAUCCACUGGCAUUCCUCUAUAGUUACGGAAUCUUUGCAAUAAUAUUUUAUGCCCUGGGCGGUCGUAACUUAGACGGAAAGGACUAUAUAUACCCUUUUUUGAAUUUUGCUAAGCCAAAGAUAGUUUUAAAAACCGUGUCAUGGCUCAGUAUAAUGUUGGUGUCCCUGUCCAGUCUGCAGUAUGGAGUCUAUCGACUACGCAAUUUCAUAGCACGCAAGUUGGGGAGAAUUUAGUGGUGGUUUUGAUGCUGUGCUGUGCUGCUCUCAUAACUGCAUUAAAGUGAUGCGUGCCGAAUCUUUAGAAAUAGGCGUGCAGACGGAAAAACUGAUAUUAGUGUUCCGACCAAGAGAUACCCUCUUUAAAGUAUAAAAGCAAUCUACUUCGCUUGCUCACCAGCACUGGGUACAAUGAGAGCCACAGAACAAGCAGAGAUAUCAAAACAAAUUUUGCUUAUUUGUCCUCUGAUAUGUCGGACUUGUUUUGUUGUUUACGCCGCUUGCACGUGUCUGGAAAAUUAAAAGCUCUGCUUUUGCUGCUGCAA